AAUGGCGCGUCUUCCAAGUAGCCUCCCACAACCCCAAAGACAACUGUAGUUGUUGGUUGACUAUGCUACCGUCCAUUCUACGUGAUUUCCUGACUGGAAUCAAAUGCUGUUUAUCACGUUUCAACAGAGUCUGAGUCACAACCAGUGUCAACUUUUCACAGACGCACAGACGCACAGACAGCAUUUCGGUGGGUAUUCCGUACCUCUUGACAUCUACAUAUCGUGAUGAAACCACCUUAUUGCCGUGUAAAUGGCCCAAGUAUGGUUCAUAAUCCUAGCGUUAAAUGAUAGGAGGACGACACCGCAAAAUACAACUGCCCAAACAACGCGAUGAGCACGAAUGAAGCAGGAUUUGCUUAAAUACGACUUUUCGUCGCUGCAGAGAACCAAGAGAACUUCGGUUUCGCUCUGCAUUGCAUAACUGUUGACUUUCUACAAUGUCUAAACCUCGAGUCUGGCUCAUAACUGGGGCCUCUUCCGGGUUCGGAAGAGAAAUGACCGAGCUGGUUCUCAAGAAAGGAGACAUCGCAGUGGCGACUGUUAGGAAGCUUGAAAGUCUCGACGACCUAAAGGCCAAGUACUCCCCUAGCCAGUUUCUGGUCCUCAAACUCGAUGUCAACAAUGCGCAAGAUAUCAAAGGUACAUUCGUGAAGAUCAAGGAAGCUUUUGGAAGGCUGGAUGUUGUAUUCAACAAUGCGGGUUAUGGCAUUAUGGGGGAGAUCGAAGCAACUCCUGAAGAUGCCGCUCGCGCGGUGUUUGAUACGAACUUCUGGGGAGCCAACAACGUCAGCCUGGAGGCUGUGAAGUUCUUCAGGGAGGUGAACAAGCCAGUCGGAGGAAGGCUGAUCGUUAACUCUUCGGAGCUCGGCGUACACGCGGUCGCAGGAUUGGGAUAUCUCUCCUGCUCAAAGCAUGCUCUGGAAGGCAUAACUUCAGCUCUCGCACAAGAGCUCGACCCAGAGUGGAACAUUAAGGUUACUCUCAUGGAGCCCGGAUUUUUCCGUACCGCGGUAGUUGAUAGCCUUGUCAACAAGGCUUAUACCCAUCCUGCAUACACCAAACCGACUCUUCCUAGUGUUGCAAUGACUGCACACCUUGUCAAUGGCCAGCCAAAGGGAGCAGAUCCGUCGAAGGCAGUCCAGAGGGUGUAUGAUUUGGCUGCGCACCCCGAGCCAUCUCUUAGAUUCCCCCUCGGCAAGGAUGCGAUCGGGAUGGUUAGAGAAGAAGCGCAAAGCAUCUUGAAGGAUGUUGCGAAGUAUGAGUCAUGGUCUGAAGGUCUAGAAUUUGGUGCAUAGUCAGCUUCAAGGUUCAAUCGGGGAUGACUCGUUUCAGCAAGCCAGUUGAUAGUUCACUUCUCAGUAUUCGAGAAUUACCGUUCAAAGCUCCAUUUUAAUGUCUACCUUUGUAUAAGUAAUAGCUUUAACGCACUUCGACUUGUACCUUCCCGAGUCAAACAGUGAUAUGCGUUGUUAAUUCAUCACACGAAGCAUGAAGAGCUCGAGUUUGU